UUACCCUUUUCUUUCUCUCAGCAGAUAUUCAACACAUAGUGACAGAGAUUUCAAUAGGAUAUAUUAGUAGCAGGGUUUAUAAUCAUUCUACAUUGGACCGAUAGUUAGCUUAAAGUUCGCGUUGGAUGUCAUGAACAGAUAGUAAGAGUUCAUAAUGGAGAAUCGGCCUCAUUAGCUUGGAUUAGGGAAGUAUAUAGAAGUAACGUGGUGGAAUAAUUUGCAUAUAUUUUUUGAAAUAAAAGCCUUGACUGGUUCGAUGGGAAAGGAAAACUUAUCAGAGGCUGGAGGUGGAGUCAGUGAGGAAGGUGCCUCACCUAGACAGAGUGAUUAUCUAGGGACUCACCCACGCCAUAGUCUUGACAAGGAGGCCGGAUUGCCCACUUGUCGUGUGUGCCAUUGUGCUGAAACUGACAAAAGGGGAGAUGCAGCAUUAGAGUUCUUGGGUAUCACUCCUCCUUUACAAGAAGCACACAUAAGCCACCGGGAAGUAAAUCCUGACAGCAAUGUAGCUCUGAAAGAUGCUGAAAGUGAUAGUUCUGUCAAGAAAAAUGUUGGACAAGAAUCUAGGUUUUUGGAGUUUAUGGGCCCUGACGGAGAAGUUUUCAUUUGUAGUGCUGAUCUAGAAAUGGGUUCCUGUCAGCAUCAAGAUACUUUACUGGAGCUUGGUUGCUCUUGCAAAAAUGACCUUGCUCUAGUACACUAUUCAUGUGCACUCAAAUGGUUUAUUAACCAUGGAUCCACUGUGUGUGAAAUCUGCGGACGUGUUUCAAAGAAUAUCAGAGUUACAGAUUUCAAAAAGGUUCUUGUUUCAUUAAAAGAGUAUGAAUCAUUGAGGGAAAGAACUGCUAGUGGACAAACCGAUCCGCCACAUGCCAAUACAAGUACGGGCGUAGAUCCAGAUGCUGUAGCUGCUAUCCGAAGGCAACGGCUGAGUGAGAUUUCCUUGUGGUUUAGGCCACAUAAUAAUGGUCACGGUAAUAAUAAUACAAAUGGAAAUUCUGUUGCAGCUUCACAAGUUGCAUCAGAAGAUCAUCAGAAUACUGUGGUUGUCCCUGCUGAAAAUCGUGCAACCAAGUGGGCUAUGGAAGCUACUGCUAUUCUGCUUGCCACAGGGCUGCUUACUGUUACUGUAGCGUGGCUUUUAGCUCCUCAUGUGGCGAAGAAAACUGCCAGAAGUGGUCUCCAUAUUCUCCUAGGAGGAAUUUGUGCUUUAACAGUUGUGGUUUUUUUCCGAUUUUUUGUGCUUACAAGAAUCAAGUAUGGACCGGCACGCUACUGGGCAAUAUUGUUUGUCUUUUGGUUUCUCGUUUUUGGAAUUUGGGCUUCACGAACACAUGGCGCUCACAAAACAUAAUUCUGUUAUAUGCUAUAUAAGCUUGUCAAUUCAUCCUUUUUCCUUUUUCCAUCUCGGAAAGAAAUUCUAUAGAACUUCCUUUAUCUUGUUCUGAGUUUUCAAGUGUUCUUCAAAUGCAAAAUUGUAAAUGGCUAUUUUUUGCUCUGCACAGUGAUUUAAAUAUAAGUUAUGGCCCUUUUUGAAGGGUAAGAUAUCA